AUGGUCCUUGCCCAAAAUGAGCUGUCUAGGGGAAAAUACAUGGAGAAGGUAUCCUUCAUGUUUGAGAUAACACAACUGAUGGUCACCAAGUUUGAAUUUGUGUCUCCAGAGAUGAAACUUUUUUCCCUCAGCAAGUGUGUGUUCCCAGAAUGGGUUCUUCUGGCUGGGAUGAGGCCAUCGGUGGUGAAGGGUUUUGACCAAAUAUCCACCAAGAGCACAUCGGAGUCCCAGCAGGACCAAGAAAGUGUAAGUGGCACAGCAAAAACCACCAGUGCUAUGAUCAGUUCCUUUACAGGGUACAAUCAAGGCUUGUCCAUUGUUCCUGCCAGGAGUCUCCUGCCAGGAGACUUGAUCGUCGUCAUCCAGAUUAUCAUCAACACCACCUUCCAGCUCUUAGGCAUUUCCUUUUGGGAAAGGAGGACAGGACAGGACGUGCUAUCAGAGUGGGAAGAGUCUCUGUCUGUCUCUCUGGGGCAGCAUGGGACCUGGAGGGAGCCUGGGUCUGAGCAUUGGCUGGCAUUGAGAAGGCUUGUGUUGUUGUUUUCCACCUCACGCAGGGAGCGCUUAAAGAGGAGCCCUAAGAGAGCCAAGGCCGAGGGCCCCGACCCCGCUGCUGCAGGGGACCCCUCACCUUGCGAAGAGCGGGGGACGAUGACCGAGGUGAAGGUGAAGACGGAAAUCCCUGAUGACUACAUCCAGGAAGUGAUCUGGCAGGACGAGCCCAAAGAAGCCAAAAAGAGCAUCAAGGAUGGGAGCGGGGACGUGCCGGCGGAGAUCUGCGUGGUGAUUGGCGGAGUCCGGAACCAGCAGACCCUGGGGUCGUAUGAGUGUGGAAUAUGUGGGAAGAAAUACAAGUACUACAACUGUUUCCAGACCCACGUGCGAGCCCAUCGAGACACUGAAGCGACCUCAGGCGAAGGAGCAUCUCAAGGCAACAAUUUCAGGUACACGUGUGACAUCUGUGGGAAGAAGUAUAAAUAUUACAGCUGCUUCCAGGAGCACCGAGACCUACAUGCUGUGGAUGUGUUUAGUGUUGAAGGGGCUCCGGAGAACCGGACAGACCCUUUUGAGCAGCCCGUCUCAGCCACCGCCACUGAAGAGGUGAAGGAGGAACCGCCAGAACCGUUCCAGAAAAUCGGGCCAAAGACAGGCAACUACACCUGUGAGUUCUGCGGCAAGCAGUACAAGUAUUACACUCCCUACCAGGAGCAUGUGGCCCUGCACGCACCAAUCAAGCUGUCUCGAUCUCCACUCUUCGUGGCCGUGAAGACACAGGCGAACCAAUCCAGCAAAAAAUCUCCAGCCUCCAUAAUACGAUGUUCCACCCUCCUGCACAGCACCCCCUCUGGUGCCCCUCCGGCAUCCCAAACCCAGAUGUUCCGCGCUCCAAAUUCCGGAUCCCCUGGAAGCAAGGCAACCACAGCAGAAAGUGCUUUCAGCAAGAGGGUGGAAGGCAAAGUGCAAAACAACUUUGAAGAAACCAACAGUAGUUCCCAAAACUCCAGUGAAGCCGCGAGUCCCUUGAUCUCAAACCCUUUCCCGCUUUUACAGAAACCGUAUACCUGCGGCGCCUGUGGGAUCCAGUUCCAGUUUUAUAACAAUCUUCUGGAGCACAUGCAGUCUCAUGCAGCCGACAAUGAGAACAACAUUGCCUCCAACCAACCCAGGUCACCUCCAGCCGUGGUGGAAGAGAAGUGGAAGCCGCAGCCCCAAAGAAACAGCGCCAACAAUACGGCGGCCAGUGCCUCUGGGCCCAACAGCACAAUCCCUGAGAAGGAACGGCAGAACAUCGCCGAGAGGCUGCUGCGGGUGAUGUGUGCUGACCUGGGGACCCUGGGCGUGGUGAGUGGGAAGGAGUUCAUCAAGCUCGCCCAGACCCUGGUAGACAGCGGCGCCCGCUAUGGGGCCUUCUCUGUGCCCGAAAUCCUGGGCAACUUUAACUCCCUGGCGCUGAAGCACCUGCCCCGGAUGUACAACCAGGUGAAAGUGAAAGUCACCUGUGCCCUGGGCAGCAACGCCUGCCUUGGCAUCGGUGUGACCUGCCACUCGCAGAGCAUUGGGCCCGAUUCAUGCUACAUCCUCACGGCCUACCAGGCCGAGGGCCACCACAUCAAGAGUUAUGUGCUGGGCAUCAAGGGGGUGGACUUAAGGGAUACCGGGGACUUCGUCCACCACUGGGUGCAGAAUGUGCUGUCAGAGUUUGUCAUGUCUGAGAUCAGGACAGUGUACGUGACUGACUGCCGGGUCAGCUCUUCCGCCUUCUCCAAGGCCGGCAUGUGCCUGCGCUGCUCGGCCUGCGCCUUGAACUCAGUGGUGCAGAGCGUCCUGAACAAGCGGACGCUGCAGGCCCGCAACAUGCACGAGGUCAUCGAGCUCCUGAAUGUCUGCGAGGACCUGGCGGGCUCCACGGGCCUGUCCAAGGAGACGUUCGGCUCUCUGGAAGAGACGUCCCCGCCUCCCUGUUGGAACUCGGUGACUGACUCCCUCCUGCUGGUCCACGAGCGCUACGAGCAGAUUUGCGAGUUCUACAGCCGGGCCAAGAAGCUGAAUCUCAUCCAGAACCUAAACAAGCACCUGCUGAGCAACCUAGCUGCCAUCCUGGCCCCCGUGAAGCAAGCCGUGAUCGAGCUGAGCAGCGAGAGCCGGCCCACCCUGCAGCUGGUGCUGCCCACGUACGUCAAACUGGAGAAGCUCUUCACGGCCAAGGCCAAUGACGCGGGCGCCGUCAGCAAACUGUGCCACCUCUUCCUCGAGGCGCUGAAGGAGAACUUCAAGGUGCAUUCUGCCCACAAAGUGGCCAUGAUCCUGGACCCGCAACAGAAGCUGCGCCCUGUCCCGCCGUACCAGCAUGAGGAGAUCAUCGGCAAGGUCUGCGAACUCAUCACAGAGGUGAGCGAGUCCUGGGGUGAGGAAACGGAGUUCGAGCCUGCCGCCAAGAAGGCACGGGCGGCGGGUGAGGGUGCCCCAGCCCUGGAGGAUGACCUGGUGGGCAAGGGUGAGGUGUAUGAUUACCUGCAGGAGCCCCUCUUUCAGGCCACCCCAGACCUCUUUCAGUACUGGUCCUGUGUCACCCAGAAGCACACCAAACUGGCGAAGCUGGCCUUCUGGCUUCUCGCGGUGCCUGCCGUGGGGGCCCGCAGCGAUUGUGUGAACAUGUGCGAGCAGGUGCUCCUGAUCAAAAGGAGACGGCUGCUCAGUCCAGAAGACAUGAACAAACUCAUGUUUUUGAAGUCCAACAUGCUUUAAGACUGGGUCUGGGUUUGAAAUGAAACAAAACCAACCAACCAACAACAAACAAAAAAAACAGAACUCUCUGAAACACUGUUCCAAACCAAGAAAAGGAAUUUAAGUUCUAAACACUGUGGACCUCAUUAAGAAUGCCCCUGGAAACCAAGUGCUUUUUUAUGUGUACAUAUGGUUGUGUGUGUG